AGUUUGUAGGGAGUCGAUCUUGGCGAUGCCUCCAUCUUCUAUCUUACUAUCUCAGUUGGAGCGCUGGCAAAUGCGAUGUAAGGUUACUGCUGCAGUAGCUUGGUCAGAAGGUCUCCCAAAUGCACAAGUUGAUCAGGUUGACUUCCAUAAACCGGCGCGUUUCGCCACCAGGGCAAGGUCUUACACACAAACGGGACCGCAGCAGAGACGAUCUUAGAAGUUCUAGACAAUUAUCAAGGCCCAGCAAUGUAUGUGCUUUCAAGAGCGAGACACAAUGUGACAUCAAACCGGGUGAUGCCAUUUUUGUUGGGCGCUCUUGUAACUGCCAUCUUCUUUCAGACCUCAAGCUUGGGCACCUUCUUCAGCAGUGGCACCAUUGCUGAGGUCCAAGCUGUUUCCGUAGAGGUAAACAGGACACGCAUUGAUGCUCUCUUUCAGAAGCUAUGGAAGGAACGCGAGGGCCAAGUGUGGAUGUCAAAAGAGGAGGCACAGAUGGUGGUGCAAUAUUUGGAGCCAGGGCAGACCAUGUGGGAGUGGGGUAGCGGGGGCUCCACCACUUUCUUCUCCCACUUUGUGUCAGAGUAUUAUUCAGUUGAGCAUGACGAGGUCUGGUUCAACACCGUCAAGGAGCAGCUGACAGCCGACCCUGUUCUUUCGAAGAAAGUCAGCUACCAGCAUGUUGCGUCAGUGCCUUACGAGCGGGUGUGGCCGGGCCCCCCCUCCAUCGGGGCAAAUUAUGCACAGUACAUCAGGGCUGUGCCGGAGGACCUCAAGGUGGACCGCUUCUUAGUGGACGGCCGGGCGCGGCCGCAGUGCGCCAUCGAGGCUUUGUUCCAUUUUCGAGACCCCCAAGACUCAAUCCUGUUCUUGCACGACUUCUGGGACACUGUGCAGCGGGGACACUACAAGCUCGUCCUACUCCUGUACGAGAUGAUUGACACAGUGCUCGAGGAGCAGAGUCUCGUCGUCCUAAGGCCCAAACCUGAUUGGAGGGAGCGCCUCGCACGGUUUGCGUAUCCAGAGUGGUGGGUCGGGGCGACCGCGGACGACUCUGCAACUCCGGUACAGAUUAUUCGCGUGCUCGACUGAGUAGCAGUAAAGGCAGACUGUGAGGUAGGUACAGUAGAAAGCUACUGGUGUUUUCGCAUCUUUUGCGCGCAGCUUUAAAUGCGAGGGUUGCGGAGCAAGCAAUCUACUUUAGGAUCGACAGCAGGGCACUCGUGAGCAACCGCUGGCCGCGGGCAUGUAAUUCUUACUUUUUGUUGUGCAUGAGCCUAAUGAAACAGCGUUCAGCGAGGAUGCAGUUGUAACCCGGAGCAUCGUAGAUAACAUACGAGCAUUCUAGGCAGAU